AUGUCUUUUUACACCGGCCGGAAGGCCUUUCUCGCUACCCUUCUCGUUACCGCCUCUUUCACCGGAGCUGACAGCGCUGUGGCUCCCCAUUUAACAUCUCGUCAAACCAACGCUGCCACUGGCGAAGUGCUCCCAUACCGCAAUGCAACGUUGUGCAUCGACGAAAGACUGGACGACCUACUCUCCCGAAUGACGGUUGCUGAGAAGGCGGGCCAAUUGUUCCAUGCCUCCAUCACAAUGGGCAAGAACGGGACGCUAGCCGAAGCCACGAGUUAUCGCAACAGUUCCGCCAUGGAGAUCGGUGAGAAGCUCAUGUCGCACUUCAACUACGGCGGAGACGUCGAGAAUGUGAGGGAAGUGGCCGAAUGGCACAAUCUACUCCAGCGCACAGCACUGGAAACCCGGCUUGGGAUCCCCAUCUCAAUCUCCUCGGAUCCUCGACAUUCUUUCACAGAGAACAUCGGAACGGGCUUCGCAGCUAAGAGUCUGUCUCAAUGGCCCGAGAGCUUGGGUCUUGCUGCCCUCCGUGACCCAGCAUGGACGCUGAAGUUCGCCGAAAUCGCAAGGGAAGAGUACAUGGCGCUUGGUCUUCGAGGUGCUCUCCACCCGCAGGUGGAUCUUUCCACAGAGUAUCGCUGGGCAAGAAUCGCAAACACCAUGGGCGAGGACGCCAACCUGACGUCUCAGCUCGUCGCGGCAUACAUCAAGGGAUUCCAGGGCGAAGAGCUUGGUCGUAACUCCGUUACCACAGUCACUAAGCAUUUCCCGGGAGCGGGUCCCAUGGAGAACGGCGAAGAUUCGCAUUUCACAUACGGCAAGAACCAAACAUAUCCAGGCCACAACUUCGAACAUCAUCUCAUCCCAUUCAAGGCUGCCAUCGCCGCCGGCGCCCGUCAGAUGAUGCCGUACUACUCCAGACCUAUUGGCACCCAGUACGAAGAGGUCGCAUUCAGCUUCAAUAAAGGUAUCAUCACCGAUCUUCUCCGAAACGAGCUCGGCUUCGAGGGUAUCGUUGUCUCCGACUGGGGUUUGAUUACCGAUACCGUCAUCGCUGGCCAAGACAUGCCUGCCCGGGCUUGGGGAGUGGAGCAACUCUCGGAGCUUGACAGAGCCGCCCGGGUACUUGGAGCCGGAGUCGAUCAAUUCGGAGGCGAGCAGCGUACAGAGCUGAUCGUCGAACUCGUCGAGAAUGACAGUGUCUCUGAGGAGCGAAUAGAUGUAUCCGUCCGCCGUCUCCUCCGCGAGAAGUUCAUUCUCGGCUUGUUCGACAACCCUUUCAUCGAUGUGGACCAAGCAGAGCAGAUUGUCGGCAAUCCAUACUUUGUCCGCCUCGGAGCCGAAGCACAGCGAGCGUCAUACACUCUGUUGAAGAACGAGAACAACUUGCUCCCAAUCAAGAACCCUGCUGGGAUGAAGAUCUACGUCGACGGCUUCAACACGACUUACCUUGACGGCCGCGACGUCACUCUUGUCGAUACUCCCGAAGAAGCAGAGCUUGCUAUUGUUCGACUUCAGGCACCAUUCGAGCCUCGACCUGGCGGAUUCGAAAGCAUGUAUACUGCUGGAUCUCUGGAGUUCAACGCUACGGAGAAGGCUCGUCAAGCGGCCAUAUACAGCGCUGUGCCGACCGUCGUGGAUAUCAAGCUCGGCCGCCCAGCCGCCAUUCCUGAGAUUGCAGAGCAGGCUGCGGCGCUGUUUGGAAACUAUGGAGCCAGCCCCGAGGCACUGCUUAAUAUUAUCUUCAAUGUGCAGGGUGCGAAACCAUUGGGCAAGCUACCAUUUGACUUGCCGAGGAGCGAUGCCGCUGUGGAGGCUAGCAAGGAGGAUGUACCGUUCGAUACUGUCGAUCCUGUGUUCAGGUUCGGAGAUGGACUGGCAUAUGCCGAAGACUGCUGAGAGCUCUAUACAGAGGGAGGUCUCGUCUAGCAACAUCUAUUGCCUUACAUUGGACGCUCAAUAGGCAUGUCACGUACAUGUACGCUUCCUU